AUGUCCGUUUGCGUUCUUUCACAGCAGAUGAACUUCUUCGGUGAAGCCGAUCUUCAACAACGGUGCUGCUCGAUGAGCGAUAUUGGAAGCUGAUCAAACCUGGCAUGGCACCCACAACGGAGGCGAGGCUAAACGUGGAGGCUCUGAGUAAGAGAGACGUUCUGCUGCUCUUCAGUGUUCUUGAGGGAGAGCUGGAGGCCAGAGACUUUGUCAUACAGGCACUCAAGGCCCAGCGUAGAGAUUCCAACAUGUGGGAGAGAUAUGGCAAAUACAACCUGAGCGACCCGUUCCUGGCCCUGCAGAGAGACAGCGAGGUCCUCCAGAGCUCCGGCCAGACCAGGGGAGAUGGAGGAAGUUCCUCCAAGAGACGAGAGGGCGUCUGUGGGGCCACGGCUCGCUUGGACCCUUUAGCGGUGCUGAAGCUGGUGGUCGGACACUGCAGAAGGAUGCAGGAGAAGAUGCUGAAACAGCUGGCAGCUGCCGAGAACAGACACAGGAGGGUCAUUGCUGAUCUGGAGGAGGAGAAGAGAAAGCAUGCUGAGGAUACUGCUGAAGGAGAUGAUGUCACUUACAUUCUGGAGAAGGAGAGAGAGCGCCUCCUGCAGCAGUUGGAGUUUGAGAAGGCAAAGACACCCCGAAUGGAGAGGGAGAACAAACGACUGCAGGAUCAGUUAGAAGACCAGCGAGUCCAGCAUAAACAGCUCAUGACGGCACUGAGUCGGGAAUGCAAACGCUCCGGCACCCGCGCACACGAGGAGUCCCAGCGUGCCAACGAACUCAGCCAUCGUCUUGAUCGCGAGCGAGCGGCCAAUCAGACUCUGAGGGCGGAGCUUGAGGAGGAAAAGAAGCGGGCUAUGCAAAUAGAGGCGAGGCGAGAGGAGCUGUUGGCUGAGUUUGACACUGAACGGGAGCAGCUUGGGCUGAGAAUACGGAAAGAGGAAGCACGCUGUAACGCACUACAGGAAGAACUAGAGCGAUUGAGGAGAGAGAUGAGAGAUGCUGAGGAGGGCUCAGAUAAGACCAAGACAAAAAUGAACGGACAUCUUACUCCUACGGAGGAAGAUGCGAGUGUUGAGAAGCAGAGUAUGUUAACCAAUGGGAGCUCUCCGACCAGUUCACAAGCUCACAGCCCUACGACAAGCAAUCAGUCACCAGACGUGCCUAGUGUACAAGCUGCGUAUCAGGCUGGCAUCAACCAGCGCUUCCACGCAGCCCGUCACAAGUUCCAAGGCACCAGUGAUCAAGAUUCUCAGGCCGUCUCUUCCCCUCCGAACAGUCCGCAGGACCUUUUACCCUGUGUGGCUCCACCAGACAACGUUUCAUCUAAACAAGCAGCCCGCAGCACUGUCACACAGGCCCUGAGUCGCUUCAGCACUCAGCAAGGUCCCAGCACACCAACAUCCCCCAACAGUUCCCCUUUCGGCACAGAUUACCGCACGUUGGCCCACUCUGGGAUGUUGUCUCCGACCAUCAGGUCUCCAACUAUCCCCAGAGCCGACAGAGGGAACCCACCUCCGCUCCCACCCAAGAAACCAGGCCUGGCUGAAACGCCACUUUCUCCGGCCACCCUGCGAGCUGCUCACUUGGCUCAAAUGUCGGCCGGUUGCGGACACAGCUUCAACCCAGAGAGCAGCAAAGAACCAGACCUGGUGCUGUCAUCUAGCGGCUAGCAAGCCCAAAUGAUGAACGAUCACGUCAAACACUGUUGAUUUUUUUUUUUUUGUAAGGGAUGUUUCAGGUUUUUUUAAAUCAUUUUGGAAGAUUUGAAUGAUAUAUUUUCUAUGUAAAUUUGCAAUGUUACAAUAUCUCAUUGAAAUGCAUGUUUAUUGUGUGCAUGAAUACAUUAUACAUUCUGUAUGUCACCCAUGAGAAAAUAAGACCCGUUUAUCGCUGACAAUCACCAGCUUCUAUAAAUAGUUUUAUAUAUUGUUAUUCUGACAAAUAUUUAUAUAUAGACACACUACCAUUCAAAAGUUUGGGGUCAGUAGGAUUUUUUUGAAAGAAAUUAAUAUUUUUCUUCAGGAAGGACGCAUUACAUUAAUCAAGAUACUUAUGCUACAAAUUUCAAUUCAUCAAAUAAUCCUGAAAAAUGUAAUGG